AUGGCCCCAUCCCUGGAAAAGUAUAAGAAGUUACGCAAGGCUAUACGCCAGUCAUUCACAUGCACCCACACAUCGACACUAAACGAGGUGCAGGCAGAGCAACCUAACAUCGCAGUUGUGAAAGUCAGCUUUGCCCUCUUCCGAGAUAAAUGUAGUGAGCUCGAUGAAUACAAUGCGAAAAUUAUUCAAGAGAUGCAAGAGAACGAACAGAUUACGGACGAGGAGUUGAAUAGGGAGCUCGAAAAACAAGAUGAGUACAAAAUGAAGUAUCGUCAGUUGAAGUUUGCAGUCCAAGAACUCGUCGAACCUCCAACCCCUCCCCAAUCCGUACCCAACGUUCAAACAGAAGCUCCUCGAGUCAUUCAUACUGUACAAGACGACAGGCGGUAUAAUGUCCCGAAAAUUCAGCCUCCCAAAUUCGAUGGUGAACUCAAGAAUUAUCUCCAGUGGUGGGGUUUAUUGAAGCCAAUCCAUGAAGGCACAAAGAUUCUCAAAGAGCAGAAAUUCACAGAUCUGGUACAGGGCAUGGUGGAAGGUUCCAGAGCUGCAGAAUUAAUCAAAAGUUGCCCACCCACACCCGAGAAUUAUGAGAAUUCUGUAGCGAGUCUACGUAAUUAUUUUGGUAAAAAGGAAUUACUGGUUGAAGCGUAUGUACGAGAGCUUUUAAAACUUGUCCUUCACAACACAGGAAAUAAUACAGAGGUUAGGAAGUUGUCAAGUACCUACCAUCAACUCAAGACACAAUUAAGGGCCCUGGAGACUUUGGGAGUUACCACAGACAUGUGCGCAGCUAUGUUAUAUCCAUUAGUCGAGUCUUCACUGCCAGAGGAGCGUCUACGUGCUCGGCAACGUCACUCCUCCAUACUACAGAUACCAGACGCAAAAGAGAGACUCAACAGAUUCAUGGACUCCUUGGAGGCUGAGGUAGAAGCAGACCAGAGGAUCGACAUGGCCAGGCAGGGAUUUGGUAUUUCUCCACCAACUAACAGUGAGAGUACGGACCAGAAGAGCAAGAAGAAACCAAAGGGUGAGUACAAGCCUAUACCAACAGCUGCUGACCUCCUCACCACGAAAGAUUCUACAUCAGCUGUGUGUGUCUUCUGUGAUGAAAACCACAAUAGUGCUGCUUGUGAAAAGGCCAGGAGAAUGACACUUGCUGAAAGGACAACGAUAGUGAAAUCGAAGAACGCCUGCUUCAAUUGCCUCAAGAUCAACCACAGUUACAAGACAUGCAGAUUCAAGGAAAAUUGUGGUUGGUGUGGGCGACGACACGUCCUGCUAAUGUGUCGAGACAAAGAAGUCACUAGCAUACCUGGGGAUAAGUCCAAAGUCGAGACGAAGGAGCUCAAUCUCGCAAAUUUUUCCUCAGAUCCAGAGGUCUUUUUGCAGACAUUACGUGUUAAGAUCACCAAUGGAAAGAAAGAGCAGGUGGUGAGAGCAAUAUCAAUAUCAAUCAUAGACACUGGAUCACAUCCGUCGUAUGUUCUAGCCUCUACAGCACAGUCAAUGAAUUACGAGAACUUGGAGAGCAAAACAAUGACUCAUUCGCUCUUCGGCGGAUCUCGUACUCAGCCCCAACAGCACAACACCUACAAAAUUCACCUGAGAAGUCUCGACGAUAGUUUUGCUUGCAAUUUUGUGGCGUAUGAUCAAGCAACUAUCUGCCACAAGAUACCCAGAAUAAACAGUGGUCCAUGGGUUGAAGAAUUGCGUAGUAAAUCAGUGACAUUGAGUGACGUAGGAGAAGAUCCCCUCCCUAUUGCUCUUCUGAUCGGUGCUGAUGUAGCUGGAAAGUUGUAUACAGGCGAAGUGUUGGAUCUCCAGUCUGGCCUCACAGCAGUUGGCACUCUCCUGAGUUGGACACUCCUGGGAAAGACCUAG